UUUCGUAUAUUAAUUACAAAAAUGAUAAGCACAGAAGAAUCAUUUGAGCAAAUUUGUCAUAGUAUCCAUGCACGUGUGCCAAAAGAUCUUUUUCAUGAGUUUAGUGUAGAAAAAAAUCGGGUCAAAAGAUUUUCCCUAGCCGACCAAAUUGAAAUAACGGAUGAUGUCAAUCGAUUUAUGGAUAUAAAGUAUGGAAAAGACUUAUUAAAGGCACUAAACUUCAAAAAUGAAGGAAACCGAGAAUUUAAAAAUACGAAUUGGACCAAUGCACUGCAACUUUACAAUCAAAGUUAUUUGAUUACGCCUGGAGAAAAGUUACAAGAGGUGUCCGUGGUUCUAGGAAAUCGAUCAGCUUGUUUGUAUCACAUGAAAGAAUAUAAAUUGACGAUUGAUGAUAUAUCUAGAGCAGAGAGGAAUUUUCCACGUGAAACCGUUUAUAAGUUAGUUGAUCGAAAGGCAAAAUGUUACUUACAUUUAGGGAAUUAUAUGCUUGCUUUGAAGUUCUACCUCAUGACAAAUCAGUUAGUGCUUGAAAAUAAUAAAAUACCAAUGAAACAAAAACAGGGAAUUCUAGAUGAUUCUCAAGCGCUUUUAAAAUUUUUAAGGCGAAAUAGUCUCGCAAAUAUAUUUGGCAAUAAUGUACUGACUGACGAAACAAAAAAAGUGAUGCCUGAGGAUAAUUAUAUCAAUCCAGGUUAUAAAUUUGAUUAUACUGAAAGAACAGGACGCUAUGCUGUGUGCACAAAAGAUUUGGAUGUUGGAACACUUUUAUUAAGUGAAACUCCGUUCUGUUCUGUUGUUUUAGAAAAGUAUUCUCAAACUCAUUGUCAAGUGUGCUAUGUAAGACCAAUAGCUCCGGUUGCAUGUGAUCGUUGCGCUGAUAUUAUAUUUUGUAGUGAUAAGUGUAAAUCUAAUGCAACUUUUCAUCAAUUCGAGUGCGGAAUUUUAAAAACGUUUUGGAAAUCCAAAGCAUCUGUUACGUGCCACCUAUCAAUGAGAAUGAUGGCAGUUUAUCCAUUAAGUUUUUUUCUUGAAAUUAGGCCAGAUCUUGAACGUAAAAUGAGCAACGCAGAAGUAGAUGCUCUACAAUCUAGAGAUUAUAGGAAAGCAUAUUCUUUAGUCACACAUGAAGAAGGCCGCACACCAGAAGAAAUGUUUCACAGAACACUGAUGGCAAAGUUCUUACUAAACUGUCUCGUUAAAAAGGGUUAUCUUGAUGGAUCUGAAGAACAUAGGGCAUAUAUUGGAAAUUUGAUUCUGCACAAUAUCCAAGUUCUUCAAUUCAAUGCACAUGAAAUUUUUGAGUUACAAAAAGAUGAAAAGGAUGAUAUUGGUCGUACCGAAUUUAUUGGAGGAGCAAUAUAUCCAGUACUGGCACUUUUCAAUCACUCAUGCGAUCCAGCUACGGUACGAUACUUUAAUGGACAUCGAGUAUAUGUCCGUUCGAUUCGCCCUUUAAGGGCAGGUGAAGAAAUUGGGGAAAAUUAUGGUCCAAUUUUUACACAAAAUCCUCGAGAGGAUCGACAGCAUUUGUUAAAACAGCAAUAUAAGUUUGAGUGUCGUUGCCAACCUUGCAAUGAAAAUUGGCCUUUAUUUAAACAAAUGACAAACCAUCUGAUUCGUCUUCGUUGUCAAGCUAAGCAUUGUCAUAAUGUUAUAAUACUAGAUGCGAAUAUUGAGCAAGUAGAUGUAAAAUGUCCCAAAUGUGGAAUAUCCAACAAUAUAUUAGAGCGUCUGAAGUUUUUGACAAAGGUUGAUGCAUCAUUUGAGAAUGCUAAGACAUUAUUCAAAGGAAAAAAAAUUAAGGAGGCUUUGAAAAAAUACUUGGAAAUACUGCAAAGACUUGACGAUAUUUUGGUUCCUCCAUAUUCUGAUUAUCACAUUUGUCAACAAGGUAUAAGACGCUGUUAUUUAGAGUAUGGAAAUCUAGUCACUUUUAAAAAAAGUGAUAAGUGUACAACUACUGCGUAUUUUAUGUAAAAAAAUGAUGCACUAUUUUUUUACAUCACUAAUGUUGUUUAUUAAACAUAAAACAAAUAAAAUUAAAAAAAAAAUAAACAUACAUGUAAAUAAUUUUUUUAAUUGUGGAAAAUAAAAAGAAAACAUAGAACGUAGC